UGGGAAUAUGCAACCAGCAACUUCUUUUUGUGAGGAAGAAUAACCUUUCGAAUCUUCAGUUUGAUAUGAUUAACAUUACGCUCGAAUCCUUGCCCGGCGAUCUAGAAGAGUGUGCUGUGCAAUGUGAAAGUACAAGCACUUGUCUCUCCUUACAAAGUAUUUCCAGCACAAAUGAAUGUGUGCUGUUUAAAACUGUACAUUUCAGUAGCUUGAAAGCUGUUUAAAUGGCUGGAUGGAAUUACUUUGUUAGGACUGGAGGUAGAUGUCGAGAAGGAUUUAGUGAUGCCAGGACUGUGGAUAUUUGCUUUAGAUUUGUCGGUUAUCACAACUUAUUAAAGGGGCGUAAAGAGUGUUCCAGUAGGAAAUCCAGUAUUAUAGCUAUCCGCUCAGACGAGGAAAGGGACCUGCUGGAAAGACUGAUGUUUUCUUUGUUUGAAAGCAGUUCGAAGUCACCUCAGAAUAAACCUUACAUCCAAGGACACUGGAAUGGGUCAGACUGGGUUCUAGAUGAUGGUAAACCACUAGAAUACACUAUACAAUGGAUACCGAGAACAGAUCUCAGUCACGUGAUGUAUAACGAUAACCUGCGAUAUUUUCCAUCACGUGACAAGAUUGGAUUUUGCAGUGGUGUACUUUCAAGACCAAUAUUUUGUGCGUAUGACAUUGUAUGACUUUAUUUUGAAAACAUCGAAGCAGGAGUUUACAUUUUAUAUUUAAUUAAUAGUAUAUUGUUUUGUAGUGAUUGUGAUUUAAAAAGUACGUUUCCUAUGUUAAUUAACUUAGAUCUAUUGACUAUUGUGGAUUUAUAAUGGUAAAAAAAAUUGAUUUGACGAAGAGAAAAAAGAUUUUACUCAGAAAGGCUCUAUUAAUGACGUGUAAUUUGG